UGCAGGCAGAACACCCAACUGACGUCACUUCCUCCCCACGUGAAACGUUCAGUACAUGUGAGGAGAGGUGUCUACAUCUUUCCGCAGCUAGUUUCCUCACGUUUUAACGCUACUAGAUCAUAUAUUCUCAUCAUAUGGUUAUCGAUAGCAGGAGUAUGGAGUCAGCAGAGGAGGAGUCGCUGCUCGGAGCGGAGUCAGAGGAGGAAAACAGCGAAUUAUCCGACAAUGAGCUUCAAGAAGCCUUUGCAAAGGGGUUGUUGAAACCAGGGAUGAACGUUCUGGUAGAUAAACCCAAAAAGCUUGUCAACAAUGUGGAGGGUAUGAAGCAGUGCCUUGCUGACCUUCGUAAAGACCUUCCCUGGGUGGAGAGGCUGGACAUGACCAACCUGCCGGCUGAAGACGUUCAUUCAAAAGUUGAAGGGAAAGUUCCUGACGUGACCAAUGGCGGUGUCAGUGUGGAUGACGAUUUCCAGAGGGAAAUGUUCUUCUACCGUCAAGCUCAAGCAACAGUCCUGCAAGCGCUGCCGCUCUUAAACAAGCACGGCGUACCCACCAGUAGGCCUGAUGAUUACUUUGCUGAGAUGGCCAAGUCAGACCAGCACAUGCAGAAGAUCAGAAAAAAGCUGAUCUCAAAGCAGAUGAUGCUGGAGAAGUCCGAAAAGGCCAAGAAACUGCGUGAGCAAAGGAAGUUUGGCAAAAAGGUCCAAAUAGAAGUGAUCCAGAAGAGGCAGAAGGAGAAGAAAGCCAUGAUGACGGCUGUAAAGAAGUACCAGAAAGGAAUGACUGACAAAUUGGAUUUCUUGGAAGGAGAAAAGAAAGCCGGCAAAGAGUCUUCUCAGGGCCCCAAGAAAACGUUAAACAAGAAGGGCUCCAAUGCCAAGAGAAAAUACAAGGACCAGAAGUUUGGCUUUGGAGGCAAGAAGAGUGGGAAGAAGUGGAACACAAAGGAGAGCUACAACGACGUUUCCAGUUUCCGUGCCAAAGUUGCUCAUGCUAGGGGCGGCAAAGGAGGGAAGAAAGGCAAAGGAGGAAAGCAAAAUAAACGCCCUGGAAAAUCAGUACGCAAGAAGAUGAAGUCUCGCUCGUAAAAACUGACUGAGGCUCCUAAAUGGGCUGGACUGCUUCUAGGCAGCACUUCCCACACCUGCUCCCCUGUCCGGUCCUCCACAUACCUCAGGAGACAUACAGGAGAACUCGAGCUUUUCUUCUACACUUCAUGUGCAGUAUGGCUUCCACAAAAUGUGUCUGGAUCGAUGCAGGGAACUCUUCACGCUGCAGAGGCAUCCUGCCGUACUGCUAAGGAAGCUGUUUGAAUGACGUGACUGAUGAAGAAGAGGUCUCCCCUUGCAGAAAUGGUACACAACAGGGUGUACACUGAGCUACCCCACCACAAAAUUGUUUUCCAAACAGUGAGAGUAUUUGAAUGUUAGCAAAAUGUCUUCUUUAUAGACCAGUUUUUAUGGUCUGUGGGCACCAUUUUCUCUCUGUAUGCCUGCCUGAGACGGUGGUUUUAAAGCCACUUCACCUUAACAUCCACACCGACCCUCCUGACUGUCGAAUUUACACUGUGUGCUCCUGUUUCGUGGAUUCUCUUUUUAUUUUUUCUCUCUCCGCUGCUCGACACAUUGAUUCUAUCCCGUGUGACAUGACAUUUUGUAAUAUUGAACAGCUGUUAGUUUUGCCCUUUCCCAUUCAUUAAUAUGAUUAGUAUGUGAUGGGGAAGUGUGCUUUGUGUGGACCUGUGGAAAGGUUUCCUUUGAAAGCGUAUUUGUUUUUUUUGCUAAGAUAAAAAUGCACAAAGUGACUUCUGUUUUGUUUGUAUGAUCAACAAAUAAAAAUCUGAACACGCA